AUGCUCCCUGAAUUUCCCGACACAUCUAUUAUCGGCAUGUCGUUCAAGUUUCCUCAAGGUGCCGAGGACCCUGACACGUUCUGGAAAACCCUUUUGGAUAGAAGAUGUACAGCUACCGAGUUCCCCAAAGAUCGGUUCAAUAUCGAUGCUUUCUGGAAUCAUGACUCUAAAAUGCCUAACCAUAUCAAGCCUCGAGAAGCACAUUUUCUCGAAGGCGAUGUUGCGAAGUUUGAUGCUGGCUUUUUCUCGAUGCCACCGCACGAAGUCGGCUCUAUGGACCCUCAACAACGAGGUCUGAUGGAAACGACAUAUCAUGCUUUAGAAAAUGCUGGCCUGACUCUGGAAGAUGUGUCAGGAUCCAAGACAUCUGUGCAUAUCGGAUGCUUCACCAACGACUGGGCUCACAUGCAAUUGCGGGAUACGCAAAACAUUCCAAAAUACAAUGCGAUCGGCUCUGCAGGAUCCAUUCUUGCAAAUAGACUAAGUUGGUUCUAUAACUUACAUGGCGAAAGCAUGUACAUCGACACGGCCUGCUCUAGUAGUCUUGUUGCAAUGGCUCUUGCAUGUCGAGGUUUAUCAUCAGGGAGCUCUGAUAUGGCGAUUGUGGGCGCCUCGAACCUCAUCCUCGGGCCCGAAUUCAACAUCGCACUUAGUAACCUGAACUUCCUCUCACCAUCCGGAAGAUGCAAAAGUUUCAGUGCUGACGGAGAUGGUUACGGCAGAGGCGAAGGAUUUACAACCCUAAUCCUCAAGCCGGUGUCCAAGGCGAUAACUGAUGGCAAUCCGAUAAGAGCUGUUAUCCGAUCCUUCGGUAUGAACCAAGACGGCUAUACCAGUGGAGGUAUCACCCAGCCCAGUAAAGAAAUGCAAGUGCAAUUGAUACGUGACACGUAUCAAAGGGCUGGCCUUAGCAUGGCUGACACUCGAUUUUUCGAAGCACAUGGCACUGGAACCGCAGUUGGCGACCCUAUCGAAGCCAGGGCUAUCGGCGAAUCAUUCCAGCAGUUUCGAAAAGAUGACGACCCUAUCUAUGUAGGCGCUUUCAAGUCCAAUUUCGGACAUCUUGAGGGGACUAGCGGACUUGCAAGUGUGGUGAAGACGGUCCUCUCUGUCGAACGAGGAAUGAUCCCACCAAACACAAACUUUACGACUCUCAAUCCCAACAUCGACGCAGAGUUCUUGAAGCUUAGUUUCCCAACGAGUUGCGUUCCAUGGCCCGCAGCAGAUGUUAAAAGAGCUUCCGUAAACGCUUUCGGAUUCGGAGGAUCGAACGCGCAUAUCGUCAUUGAAUCUGCUGAAGACUUCCUACGAAGCAUCGGCCAUCAGCAAAAUGUGCUCCCUCUAUCGCUUUUCAGUAAGAAAUCUCUAGCUGCUUUCCAAGAAGGGUCAAGGAUUGACAAUGCUGUAGCUAGGCUCGAUAUGGAUACUCUCAGCGAAGUAGGCCUCCGCGAUUCACGUCCCCAACUUCUUGUCCUUUCCGCAACAGACGAAGAUGGAAACGCCAGACAGGCUAAGUCCCUGGCAACAUUCUUCUCUCAAUAUACCUCAAGUAAAUAUGCACAACACAGCUUGCUUGAGGAUGUUCUGUCAACCUUGAAUACUCGUCGAACUUUACAUGUGUGGAAGUCGUACGCAGUCCUUAGGUCGCUCUUCGACUUUUCAACGCUUGAAAAUGCACUCUCAAAGCCAGUUCGCCGAGGCAAUGAGGCGAAUCACAGACUCGGGUUCAUAUUCACAGGACAAGGUGCACAAUGGCCAAGGAUGGGCAUCGAGUUGCUGGAUUGGCCAAUAGUCAAAACUAGUUUGGCUCGUUCCCAGCACUAUCUGCAAAUAUUCGGCUGCAAGUGGAAGCUAGUAGAUGAGAUCAGUGCUCCUCCAGAGUUAAGCAAGAUGAACGAACCCGAGUUCAGCCAAGUGAUCUCGACAGCUGUUCAAAUAGCCCUAGUUGAUAUUGCAGAAUACCUCGGUAUUCGUGCCACAGUAGCUGUAGGCCAUUCGUCUGGCGAGAUCGCUGCUGCGUAUUGUGUGGGGUUUUUGUCUCAUGAAUCCGCUAUCAGAGUCUCGUACUUUAGGGGCAUGUUGGCAUCAAAGCUUUCGAAAGAUGCUACUUCAGAACAUCAUGGUAUGGCCUCCGUUGGUAUUCUGGCUAAGGAUGCGCCUGGUGAACUGGCAAAGCUUGAAGCAAUGGAGCCAGGACGCUUCGAAGCAGCACGUAUUACUAUCAGCUGCAUCAACAGUCCCAGCAAUAUCACAAUAUCCGGACCCCAAAGAUACCUCGAUGUUGUCGUGGAGCAUUUCGCAAGCAAGAAUAUUUUUGCUAGGAAACUCAAAGUCGAUGUAGGAUACCACUCCCCACAAAUGCAGGCGGUGUCAGAGGAGUAUUUAGCGUCUCUGUCCAACUUGACGGCGAGAGAUAAGUUGGGUAAGACCCACAUGGUAUCUUCGACAAUCCCUGGUCGUGUUUCUCGGGAGACUGUUUGCUCUGGAGAAUACUGGGUUCGCAACAUGUUGUCCCCUGUACAGUUCGUUGACGCCAUGCAUCUUUGCACUUCCAUCUCUGAAAACUAUGAGAUAGUAAAGAAGAUUGAUCAAAGCCAUAACCUUGACGUUCAUGUACAAGGGUGGUUGGAGAUCGGUCCUCAUUCGGCAUUGAAAGGUCCUUCUCGAGAGAUAUCUAAGGCCCAAGGCGCUGGGGACGUCUUCUACACAUCUUUUCUUCAGCGAGGAAAGCCAGCAGAUAUGACUACUUUAGCUGCUAUUGGAGAGCUCCACUGCCGUAAUUUUCAUGUUACGCUCACAAAGAUUGCUGCAUUGAAUGCCGAACCCGAUCGUCAACCGCGUAUCAUAUUGGAUCUGCCAAAAUAUCCGUUCAAUCAUUCUACGAUCUAUUGGGACGAGCCUGCUAGGUCGAGUGCUUUCAGGCAUCGGCAUCACAGAUAUCAUCCGCUUUUAGGUGCACCUGCAAUGGACUGGAACCCUCUCGACGCGAAGUGGAUAUGGACCAUGAAAACGGAUGAGAUGCCAUGGGUUACCGACCAUCAAAUCAACGGCAACAUACUCUACCCCGCCUCUGGUAUGAUUGUAAUGGCGAUUGAAGCCAUAAAGCAGCUUCUGAAGGAUCACGCGGAACCGCUGGGUUUUGAGCUAUCAGAACUCUCAUUUUUGGCUCCGCUUGUCAUCGCAAAUUCCUCCGGAAGGACCGAAACUCAGCUGAGCAUGGUACCGAUAAGUAAUGCCGGAAGCAAAGACGCGCAAUUUAAGUUUCGUAUCUUUACCAUGCGUUCUAAUAGUACUUGGCAAGAGAUUUGCCAUGGAAAUAUUGAAGCCGACUAUGGACGCGUAGCUCAAAGCGUCUCUGCUCAGGCCGAAGAAAAGUUUAAGUUACUCGAAGCUCAGAUGGGUCACUAUUCUGCUUUGAAGUCUUGCCGGAAGACUAUCGGCGCUAGCGAUAUGUAUGAGAAAGUCGCCGCCAUGUCAGGGUUGCAGUAUGGUCCAACUUUCCAGCCUCUGUCAGAUAUUCACUAUGAUAUGGACGGAAGAGCCUACUCCAAGAUUCUUUCGUACACACCUUCCGCACCAAACCACUCUUACACUAUCCACCCCUCGACUUUGGAUGGCGUCUUCCAGUUAGCGAUCCCAUCUCUCAGCAAGGGCCUUACAGUCCCUUUACCUACAUUAGUACCUUCUCGGUUAACUCGGCUAUGGAUAUCAACACUUGGCGCUGGUCAUGGAGGACCAGAGGAAGAGAUUGCAAACAUUCAAGCGAAAUUUCUAAGCAGAAGGAGUGCUGAGGGCUCAUUCACGGUGUUUUCACAGUCUGAUUUAAGCCUCCGUGUGGCAGUAGACGAACUCGAGCUUACCGAACUAGCGCGUGAUGACAGCAGCGCAGAUAUGGAAGAAAACGGCAAUGCGUUAUGCUACGAAAUGGAAUGGAAGGCUGAUCAUUCCAUCCUAAGCCCCGCCGAAAUUUCGGAUUACUGCAUGCAGCAACGCAAGAGCUACGAGGAACCAGAGCAGUUUUACCAAGACAUCGAGCUUAUGCUAUUAAGUUUCGCUGCACAGACUUUGAAUGACAUGAAAGCAUCUGACCAAGAGCCGAUUCCUUCAAUGAUCGACUAUGCAAGAUGGCUGCAAUCAAGGAUUGAUUCAUAUUGCAUCUCGGAUGGGCAUGGAUCAAAUCUGUUGGGUCAUCUGGACCGACAUGCGUUGAUUCACAACACCGACACACUAGAAAAGCUCACCGAGAGCGUAGAGUCGCACUCAAGUCGAGGAAUGGUCAACGCAACUGUGGGUCGCAAUUUAAAAGGUAUUCUACUUGGUCAAGUAGAUCCUCUACAGCUCCUUUUCCAAGAUGACAAUUUCUUGCUCGAAUUCUAUGAAGAACUCAACACAGCUGGGAAAGCUUUUGACAUGCUCAAUGCAUACAUUGACUUAUUAGUUCACAAAGACUCCGGUUUAAAGUUUCUCGAGAUUGGCGCUGGUACAGGCGCGACUACCACAGGGGUCCUGAAUGUCCUCGAGCGACAGGAUUGUGGUACUCGCUAUUGGACGUACACCUUCACCGACAUAAGUGCUGCUUUCUUUUCCAAAGCACAAGAAAGAUUCAAUGCGUUCGGAGACCGUAUAGCUUACCGUGUCUUGGACAUUGAAGAGGACCCGGUAACUCAAGGAUUCCAUCCAGAAGAUCAGUUCGAUGUCAUCAUUGCAGCGCACGUUCUGCAUGCCACCGAAAACCUAAACACCACUCUUUCGAAUGUUCGAAAGCUUCUCAAGCCUAAUGGCAAGCUUAUCUUUACUGAGAUGACUACCCCCAACAAGAUAGAGACAGGCUUCAUCUUCGGCACGCUUCCUGGGUGGUGGCGCAGCGCCGAGCAAUGGCGCAAAGCGAAUGCCAGCGCUGUUUUCCUUGAAGAAAAAUGGGACACGCUCCUAAGGCAUUCUGGUUUCACUGGUACCGAAUACGUCUUCCGAGAUUGGGACUCUGAUCGGUGCCAUGGUUGGAGCAUCAUGAUAUCUUCCGCCAAUUUCGACGACGUCAAAGCAUUUUUGGUGAAUAAACAUUCGAGCUUCGAGAUGGAGACUGCAGAUAUUCUCAAGCAGUCAUUGGCGGAAGAUAUGGGCUUGGCGAAGAUCAUAACAUUUGACGAUGUCCCUCAGGUGGAAGACCUCCCAGCACGCCAUUGUUUGAUUCUUGGAGGGCUGGAGAAGGCGAUGCUUUCUGAAAUUGUACCAGAUGAUCUCAAAGCCCUUCAAAAAGUCCUCACUUCAUCGAAGAGUAUACUAUGGGCAAGCUGUGUCAACCCACCAUCUGCUACUGAACCUUCCCCGUACUGGGCUAUGACUGAAGGUCUUUGCAGAACCUGCCGGAGUGAAGACAUCAACAUACCAAUUGCUACAGUAAUCCUCGAGAGGCCUACGUGCGAAUCAGCUAGUAAAGCCGCCUCCCAAAUUGCCAAGGUGUUUACAGCCUUCCAGCAUGGCAUCACGACUGGGUUCGUAGAGCCAGAGUACAAAGAAUCGUCUGGUCGACUUUGCAUCAAUCGAUUGACUCAAGCGAAAUACCUUGACGAUCAUGUAUCCGCUCGGACUCAGAAGAAAGUCGUGACGCAAGAAUUCAAGAAGGAUAUGCCCAUUAAGCUCGACAUUAGAGUCCCAGGAUUUCUUGACACUUUACAAUGGGUAGACGACGAGAGUGUCUACGAACCUUUGGAGCCACAUCAAGUUGAAGUCAAAGUCCAGGCAAUCGGGGUCAACUUCAAAGAAUGCCUGAUCCUACUCGGACGAGUCAAGACUGAUAAGCUAGGUAGUGAAUGCGCUGGCUACGUACACAGAAUAGGUUCUGCAGUCUCCAGCGAGUAUGUCAAAGUUGGCGAUCGCGUAGCUCUUGGAUCCUUAGAGUCCUAUAGAAGCUUCAUUCCGGACAAUUUGUCUUUCGUAGACGCUGCAGCUAUUCCAACCGCGUUUUGCACAGCCUAUCACAGUCUCAUAAACGUUGCGCGCCUCCAGAAGAAUGAAUCGGUGCUGAUACAUGCUGCGGCCGGUGGCACAGGACAAGCCGCAGUUCAAGUUGCGCAGCAUGUUGGCGCGGAGAUUUUCGCAACCGUCGGAUCUGUUGAGAAAAAGAAUUUACUCAUGGAACAAUACGCAAUUCCAGAGGAUCAUAUAUUCUUUAGUAGAGAUUCAUCCUUUGCCGACGGUGUCAAACGCAUGACUCAAGGUCGAGGUGUGGACGUUGUCCUGAACUCUCUCUCUGGGAAGUUGCUCAUCGCUUCGUGGGAACUGAUAGCCAAUUUCGGACGAUUCAUUGAAAUCGGUAGGAGAGACAUAGAUUCUAGAGGACACCUUCCGAUGCACCCCUUCAUUAGAAACGCCACAUUCAAUGGCGUAGAUCUGGCGACUAUUGUGGAAAACCCGGAACAGAAAGACAAGUAUUGUUUGCAAGAGGUCUUUGACUUGGUGGAGCAGGGCGUCUUUCACGCUUCGUACCCUGUCCAGCCGUAUCCAAUAGAUCAGACUGAACAGGCAUUGCGAAUCCUUCAGAGUGGAAGGAGUAGCGGUAAGAUCGUCUUAGAGGUUACUGAGGGGGCUGUUGUUCCGCUCCAAGAAGGUCCAAAUUCUCGAUACCGUUUUUCAGAGAACGCUACAUAUGUGAUUGCUGGUGGUCUUGGAGGAAUCGGUCGCCAAAUUACUACCUGGAUGGCCAGGCGAGGUGUAAGGCAUAUCUUGGUUCUCUCGAGGAGUGGUCUCGGAACCAGUGAAGAGAAGCGCCGAGUCAUCGCCGACCUUGAAGCGAAAGGUGUGAACGUCCAAUAUGGUGUUUGCGACAUCAGUGAUCGCCAGGCGUUGGAAGACACUAUACAGAAGGCUUCCGCCACAAUGCCACCCAUCAAGGGCUGCUUUCAGGCAGCUAUGGUACUACGGGACCGACCUUUCGGAACAAUGUCUCAUGAGGAGUGGACCGAAAGCGUCAGACCCAAGGUUCAAGGGUCAUGGAACCUCCACGCCGUCCUUCCAUCCGGCAUGGAUUUCUUCGUCAUGCUUUCUUCCACAAGCGGCAUCUUUGGCAACGCAGGACAGAGCAACUACGCUGCUGGCAACACCUUCCAGGAUGCUCUAGCGCAAUAUCGGACUAUAUCGGGAGAGAAAGCAAUAGCUUUAGACCUCGGAAUGAUUCUCGGCGAAGGCUUCGUGGCCGAGAACAAAGAUAUCUACGCGAAGCUUCUUCGACUGAACUUGCUCCAACCACUCAGACAGGAAGAAAUCUUCGCCAUUUUUGACUUUUACUGCAAUCCGGACACUAUUAUUAACUCGGUCAAAGCCAGCCAGGUUACUACCGGCAUUGAGUUGCCUGCCAGUAUCCUCCGAAAUGGUCACAAGGUUCCGGAAGCGCUGCAAAGAAGCCUGUUUAGCUUAUUACACCAGAUUCAGCCGACUGGAGUUGAAGCUACAAUUGGGACAGCAAACACGCAAGAUUUCUCAGCCCUUCUUAAAGAAGCUACGACUAUCCAAGAGGCGGGGGUGAUCGUUGCCGAGGCGCUGAAGAACAAACUAUGCAAGAUUCUUGGUGUCGAGCCGGACGAGAGGUCGGUUAACGACCGCAUGGAAUCGUUUGGCGUGGAUUCGCUUCUCGCUCUCGAGCUGAGGAAUUGGCUAUUACGGGAUAUACGUGCGGACCUUGCAGUGUUCGAGAUUUUAGGGGAUUCAAAACUCGGUGAUAUUGGAUUACUAGCCGCGAGGAAGAGCUUGCUAUUACAAAAAGAGGGCAAAGAAGCAUAACAGCAGUCAGUGUAAAGACCAUUUGGUCUGCUUUUGGUCCUUUGGUAUAGCCAGCUCUGAUUUCGAUAAAAAGUAGUAGAAGUCGCAUGAUACCCGUGGACAUGCCCCUGACUCUACAGUGUUCAUCUUACGCAAGUUAAUGCAUGGGCUCUUAUCUUCAGGGACUUAGUCGGGAUUGGAGCUGCGGUUUUCAAGAAGGAAG